AUGUCCAAAGAAUUUGAAGGAGACGCAGGGGCACCGCUUCCAGACUUCACUGGUGCAAGAAACAUUUCACUGGACACCGUAGCACCGGCAUUGGGUGUUCAGAGUCAGCAUGCUCAGCCAGAUUAUCUGGAUUAUGAUCAAAAGGGAAGAGGGAUGGUCACGACAAUGUUCGCAAAUGCUGGUGUUAGUUACUUGAUGGGAAUCACAGCCGGUGGAAUCUACGGUCUUCAAAAGGGAAUUGUAUCGACUCCAAGCAGCAAAUUAAAGGUCCAAAUCAACUCUGUCCUGAAUCACUGCGGCAGGUAUGGAAGUAAAGCUGGAAAUUCAUUCGGAGUUGUUGCGGUUCUUUAUUCUUUAUAUGAAGGUGUCGGUGACAAGAUGGAAUUGGAACGAUACAGCGGUGUGGAAUCGUUGAGCCCUCCGUUGGCAGCUUCACUGACAGGAUUCACAAUUUAUGCACCAUCUGGAAUACGUGUUGCAGCCCUUGGUGGUGCAAUAGGAUUGGGCGCUGUUGGAGCUACAUACGCUGGAUACACAAUGGCGGGCAAGCCGUUUGGAAGCUACGGGUUCUUGUUCCUCUAA